UUUCUACGAGAAGAAUACAAGCCCACCAUCACAAACUGUAAAUCGCAGAUUCGCAGUAAAAAAACAUGGAAUCUGAAGGGCAACAAAACUCUUCGAACCCAUCAGCCGUGAUCGCAGCUCUUUUAUGCAAAAGAGCCAAACAUCAUGAGGAUCUUCGAACCAUCGAAAAACAGGUUUAUGACAUGGAGACGGCUUAUUUACAGGAUCCAAGCCAAUGUGGAAAUGUGUUAAAAGGUUAUGAAGGUUUUUUGUCGGCAUCUAAGAGUACUUCACUCUACAAGCGAUCUAGGAAAUUUCAGCCGGAAGAUAGGCUCUUUUCACUAUCUUCAGUUACCUCACCUGCGACCGAAGAACAUGCCGCAAUGGGAGCUGCAUCUGGGUUGGGACCGGGAAAGCCGAAGAAAGGUAGACCAGGACCGAGGGAUGUGAGAAGAAUCAGGCAGUACAGUGAACCGGAUUUCGACUAUGAAGAUGAUCCUGAUUUGAUUUGAUUCGAGUAGUAAUUCUCGUUUAGAGCUCAUUCAGAAAGGGGUUCAAUUGAAAAUUAGGGUUUUCGAUUAUAAUUAGGGAGUGGAAUGGUGUCUUAAAGAUUCAUGUUUCUUGAUGUAUAUACAUACAUAUUGGAAUUUUCUAUGAAUUUAGGGCACAUUCAUGUGAUGCUCUACACCAACUAUUAAGAAAUGAAUUCCUCAAGCAGGGCAUCUUAUCUUUUGGUA